AUGCUUGCGAGGACCAGAGCUCCAUUCUGCAAACACCCACGACUCUCGCUUUCGCUCCGCGCAGCAUCUACGACGGCUCCAAUGGUCACUCGUUCCGCAGACUGGAAAUCGCGUGCACCUGCGCCUCUUCCAAAUACUAAAACGUUUGCGGGGGAAGCUGCAUUGCCUUUACUACCCGUUCCGGACCUUGAUGUCUCUUUGGACCGCCUCAAGGCCACUUUGAAACCACUCGCAAGGAGCGCUGAGGAGCUCAAGGCUGCAGAGACCAAGAUUGAGGAACUUAGAAGUGCUGAUCUCGCAGGAAAUUACAAGAGAGGCUGUUGCAGCGCAAGGAGGAAAAGGAUAAAAUUGGGAGUACAUGGCUGGAGGAAUGGUGGGAUGAUGCUGCAUAUCUUACCUACCGCGAUUCGUUGGAUGUUCGACUGCUGUCGCGUCCCCGGGACAGACGGGAAGGACUUUAGCGUCUCGUUUGCACAAGCUGGCGAUACAGGUGAUUCUGGCCAUGUUGUAGUCAUUCGAAAUGGAAGACUCUGGAGAGUCGAUGCCUCUGCACCUGACGGUGGCCUUUUGGGGACUGAUGAAUUGCAAAAACAGUUUGACUAUAUUUACCAGCAUUCGGAAGAGCCGACCCCGGGCGUGGGGGUCCUCACGUCGAAUAAUAGAGAUGUGUGGGCAAAGGACUAUCAAGCGCUCCGUGAAAUUCCAGCGAAUGCUGAGAUCCUCCGCGAGAUUGAAUCAUGCGCAUUUAUUGUAUGCCUUGACAAGGGACGUCCUCAAGGGCCAGCUGAGCUUUCUCGUGCCUCUUGGCACGGAGGUUUGAAAGGCGAAGAGCUCGGAAAUCGUUGGGUGGACAAGCCGUGCCAAUUCAUUGUAUAUGAUAAUGGAGAAGCUGGAUUUAUGGGCGAGCACAGCGUCAUGGACGGCACACCAACCGUUCGAUUGUGUGAUGAGGUUCUAACCGACCUACAGUCUCAAUCUUUCCCACACGCCGGAGCGUCCGUCUCUUCGCCUCUUCCCGCUCCCACUCCACUUGACUUUACACUUACUUCGACGCUACAAACCGCAAUCGAAUCAGCCCGUCAAGCAGGUUCUGAGCUCGUCAACUCUCAAGAUCUCCAGUACCUUCUACUCCCCUACGGAAAAGACGUAGUAAAAAAAUUCAACGUCUCGCCCGAUAGCUGGGCCCAACUCAUCAUCCAACUCGCAUUUUGGCGACUCAGCAAGACGGGACUUGUUCCGAACGUGGGCAAGGGCGAACUGGCCGGGACGUACGAGGCGGCGACGACUCGCAAGUUCCGAAAGGGCCGGACCGAGACCAUUCGAGUUGUCUCUGAAGAGGUCAAGGCGUUUUGUGAGGCUAUGGAUUCAAAAGUCCCUGCCGAGCGUAAAAUCUCGUUAUUCAGGGAUGCGGCCAAGGUACACAUUCAGCGUGCCCGGGAAGCAGGAAAUGCGAUGGGCGUAGACCGGCAUAUGUUUGGUUUGAGGCACCUCGUUCGCACAAGUGAGGGAGAAACAAUGCCCUCGAUAUUCUCCGAUCCACUGUACCAGCGCGCCUCCAAGUGGACAUUGAGUACAAGCGCGAUAUUUAGUAAACAUUUUCCAGGAUAUGGCUGGGGUGAAGUUGUACCUGACGGCUUUGGGGUGGCAUACAUGACGGGUUACAAUGACCGUAUGCAAUUCACAAUUACGUCCCGGAAGGAGAUGCCCUCAUCUGAGUUCCGAGAAGAAAUCAAAAACGCCGGAGAAGAAUUAUAUGCAUUAUUCUCACAGGCCCAGGAACAUCAACCAUCCAAGGCGAAGAUGUAG